AUGCUACUCAAAGUUUUGAUUUUGCUUAUUUUCUCAAAUUUUGCUUCUGCUGUGCAUCUACACAGACGUUACUACAGUAAUAUGACAACAUCCGAUUGGACUUCCUCCACAACCACACAAACAAUGACAGUUUAUAAGCUCAUUUCUUCCAGUUCUGCCGAUGAAAGUGUUUCAGUUGCAUCUGCUAACAAUAAGAACUUGGCUGCCACCACAACUUCUGGUGAUGGUAGCUGCAGCCCAGUAACCGUCACUGUGACCCAGUAUCAAUGUCCAACUUCAACUGGUUACUCUCCAGCAUCUUACACCACCGAAUCAGAAUCUACAGUAUACGUUACCGAUGCCGUUACAGCAACUAUUCCUAUCACCGCCGUCAUCACAGUAACAGAUAGCCAAGGCAGUUCAGUAGGAGUGUAUUCUACCGUACAAGAUUAUACGCAAACUUCUUCAAUCACCCACACCCUUACCAUCACCCAGACGCAUACAUUAUAUGCUAAGAACAGCACCACUUCAGCCUCCACCCCCCUUCCAUCAUCAACAUCUUCGUUGCAAGUUAGUCGUGGAUACUCCAACGGUACUUUGACUUUAGCUAAAAGAUUAAUCAAUAUAGAAGAAUUUAAUCCAGCUUAUUAG